AUGUGCUCGGGGUGGCCUGGACACACUACACCACUCCAGGCACCUACAGAUCCAGUGGGAGCUCUGGGUCAGGCAGAGCUAGGGAGUGCUGUGAAUUCCACCCUUGCCGCUCCUGCCGCCCCUGCUGCCCCUGCUGCCCCUGCUACCGCCCCUGCUGCCCCUGCUACCGCCCCUGCUGCCCCUGCUGCCCCUGCUACCGCCCCUGCUGCCCCUGCUACCGCCCCUGCUGCCCCUGCUACCGCCCCUGCUGCCCCUCCUGCCCCUCCUACCGCCCCUGCUGCCCCUCCUGCCCCUGCUGCCCCUGCUACCGCCCCUGCUGCCCCUGCUGCCCCUGCUACCGCCCCUGCUGCCCCUGCUGCCCCUGCUACCGCCCCUGCUGCCCCUGCUACCGCCCCUGCUGCCCCUGCUGCCCCUGCUACCGCCCCUGCUGCCCCUGCUGCCCCUGCUACCGCCCCUGCUGCCCCUGCUACCGCCCCUGCUGCCCCUGCUACCGCCCCUGCUGCCCCUCCUGCCCCUCCUACCGCCCCUGCUGCCCCUCCUGCCCCUGCUGCCCCUGCUACCGCCCCUGCUGCCCCUGCUGCCCCUGCUGCCCCUGCUACCGCCCUUGCUGCCCCUCCUGCCGCCCCUGCUGCCCCUCCUACCGCCCCUGCUGCCCCUCCUGCCCCUGCUGCCCCUGCUACCGCCCCUGCUGCCCCUGCUGCCCCUGCUACCGCCCUUGCUGCCCCUCCUGCCGCCCCUGCUGCCCCUCCUACCGCCCCUGCUGCCCCUCCUGCCCCAUCUGCUGUGCUGCCACUGCCGCCUCUGCCGCCGCCCUCCCAGGCGAGGCCCCGCACCCCCCCGCCGGCGUCCUCGCCGUUGCCAGGACACGGCUCCACCAAUCGGUUGCCGCGUUGUUGGACGGCCUCGGCCCUGCGCGCUGAUUGGCUGCGCCGGCGGCCCGCCCGCCCUUCCGCUUCCGCUCAUGCUUUGCUCCCCUUGCAUCAUUCCACGGGCCUCCGCGGCUGCCGGGCGCCCGCAGGGGGCCGCGGUGACGGGGGGGGCGGCGCGGGCCCGGGUCUGGCUGCGCCUGGGGCCCACUCCCCCUCGGGCCCUUCCUCGGCACCCGGCCGCGGUCCCGGCGCUGCGCAUGGACCGGGCCCCUCCCCGUGGAGGGGUUCAGUCGCGCCGUCCCCCGGGUUCCGGGGUCCCCGCUCUGACAGGCGGCCUGGCACCACGGCCCUGGUCAGAGGUCUACCCCCCCCCCCAAGUCAGGGUGCCCCCGGGUGUAACCUUCGGUCUAGAGGCCCCCCCCGGAAGGCUGGAGUUCAAGUCCUGCCCGGCCCCCCCCAGGCUAGCCGCUUUCCCGCUGCUUGCCUCAGUUUCCUCUUGUGUAAAGUGGGGUUAAUGAGAGCGCCCCCCCGGGUGGCGGAGGCCGGGGCCGCUGCCAUCCCCCUGCUCACCCCCAGACCCCCCGCGGCCUGUGCGGAGCAGGACUCGCACUCGGGCCCGACGGCUCUGCAGACACUUUACUCUCUUCCCUCCCGGAGGGUCGGGCGAGCUCCCCCGUUGUGCCCGGCCCCGGGCGGGGGCCCCGCGCUUCCUGGACGCUGUGUGGUCAGUGCGGCUGUCCAGGCUCGAGGAGGGGCCCAGAGGAAGGCGGUGAUGUAUGCGUGGGGGCUGCGCCUACCCGGCGGCCCCCACAGCCCGGUCACCGCGACAGGCCCCACGGGGCGGCCCGGCCGGGGGCUGGUCAGGCUGGUCAUCCGGCAGCCCGGCCGGGGGGGGGGGGGUCAUCCGGCGGCCGUGGUCCCACCCAUGGGGGCUGGCGCAGCCAUGGGGGGAGAGGGAGAUCUCGUUGUAAGGUUUAAAUACGGGGCAGCUGUUUGCAAAGGGCUUUCUGCUCAGGAGCACGCUCAUUUUACAGAGGCGCUGGGAAACGUCGGGCAGCAUCUGAACCCAGGUCUUGCUGGCUCUAUGCCCGGCUCUGGGCCACGCUGCUUCCUGAAUUUAAGCCGCAGCUGGUCAGUGACAGGAGAUGUCACCCCUAGGGAAGCGGUUCUGUUCGGCACAGUCCUUGGGCUCUUGGCAGGGUCCGGGAAUACAGUGAUUGUGAGGGCCCCACGUGGCAUGUGUGUUCUGCUCCCUUUGGCUCGCGUUCCUGGCCAGCCAGCCAUGGAAUCGAUCUGCCGGACUGAGACUCUGGCUCCUCUGUCCGUGCUGAACCCCCACUGA